AUGAUUGCCAAGAAGGCCACAUGGGGAACUUCGACCGAUCCAUAUUCCGCGACCCUGGACUCCCUCCGCUCUCUCCUGGGAGGGGAGGAGGGGAACGAAAGAGGGAUGGAGAGAUACUUCGAGACACUCCAUCUGCUCUACUCUGCUCUGCUGGUUGAAGUUGAGAAGGGAUGGACUCAGCCACACAGAAACCUCCUUUUCUUUGAUUGGCACCAGAGCAAACAAAAACUCAAAAUCGAAAACAUGGCGUUAUUACAGACUUUUAUCUCACGGCGUGGGCGCGUUUUCGCCCUCUCGGCCUUCUUGGCUCUUUGCAUACUUCUCGUGGGAUAUCAGACGGCAUCGCCAUUUGACCAGAACAUCGGUCACAGUCACCAGACAACGGGAGAAGUGGGUGAUAAUUUGACACCACCGCCGCGGGAAACAUGGAACCAUCACGAAGGAAACACCGGCAUCCCCGCCAACUACGAGGAUGUCUCUCCUCCAACGACUCCUUCUGGAGAAGAUAUUGAUCAGGGCGUGGGAACAGGGGCUAUCCAAGCGGGUGAUGAGUGUGUAAGCUUCGAACAGCUCCAGCGCAUGAAACCCGGUCCGCUAUCCGCCGGCAAGCGCCAGUUCCCCUACGUGCGCCCGCCUCCACACUGUCGGACCUUCCAGCUUCCAGCUCUCGAGAAGCUCAUCGAGCGCAUGAGGACCGUGAUCAAAGACCCGGAUCUCUUCCGCCUCUUCGAGAACAGCUACCCCAACACUCUCGAUACCAUGAUCAAGUGGCACGGCUACGCCAGGAACAGCUCCCCUUGGGACACGAACAAUGGUGGCACACCCAAGUCCCUUGCCUCCUUCUCAGCUACCCCGGACGAAGCUCGUGGCCCAAAAGAGGAUGAAGAAAAAGAAGAAGAAUACAGCCCCGAAACUGACGAAGAACUAACCUACAUCAUCACCGGCGACAUCGACGCCAUGUGGCUUCGCGACUCCGCCUCGCAACUUUACUCCUACCUCCCCUUCCUCACCCCGUCCCCCGACAAGGACUCCCUCGCCAGCCUGUGGCGCGGCCUCAUCAACUCGCACGCCCGCUACAUCGUCAUCUCACCCUACUGUCACUCUUUCCAACCGCCCCCCGAAUCCGGUAUCCCGCCCACGCGCAAUGGCGCUUACGCCCAGAACAACCCACAACCCCCUUACGACCCGCAAAAAGUGUUCGACUGCAAGUGGGAGCUCGACAGCCUGGCUUCUUUCCUGCAGAUCAGUAGCGCGUACCACGCCCGCGCCGCCGUAGAUGCCGCGGCCGCGAUGAGACUCGGGACGUACGAUGAGAGCGGAAAGGUCUUACCCUCGGCGUGGACAUUUACGGGCUGGACGAAUAGGGGCAGCGAGACGCUGACGAAUGAUGGGCUGGGAAACCCAGUCAAAGAAAACGGCAUGGUCAGGAGUGGGUUCAGGCCGAGUGAUGAUGCGUGUAUUUUCCAGCUGUUGAUACCGAGUAACAUGAUGUUUGCGGCGUAUUUGGAGCAAGCGUCAGUGAUUAUGGAGGGUUUGGCUGGAUUGAAUGGGCUGGAGGUGGGGAAGAGGGAGAUGGCGAAGAAUGCGACGGUGCAGAUGCGUGAGUUGGCUAGGGGGAUUCGACAUGGGAUUGCUAAGGACGCGGUGGUCACUCACCGCGAGUUCGGUGAGAUGUUUGCGUAUGAGGUGGAUGGGUACGGAAGCGCGAAUCUGAUGGAUGACGCUAACGUGCCAUCGCUGUUGGCGUUUCCCUUGUGGAAUUAUACCCAUCCGCUCGUCGACCCAAAGACCAUCAUCACCAAGUCAACCCACGGCGGCAGCCGUGACCACCAAGUCCCCAAACGCUCAGCAUUAGACCAACCAUCCCUCGACGACGAACUCUCCCCUCCCUCACCUCCCUCCUCCUCUCCUCUGCCUCCCAAGUCCAAACCCUACAACACCACCCCUCCCCCUUCCCACAACUACUCCUUAAUCUACCAAAACACCCGGCGCUUCAUCCUCUCCCUCUCCAACCCUUACUUCGCCGCCGGUCCCGCCCUCUCCGCCGUCGGCGGCCCCCAUCUCGGUCCCGGAAAAGGCUGGCCGAUGGCGGCCACGGUAGCCGCUUUGACCGCCUACAACUCGGAGCUGUCGGGCUUGUCUUCGGGCACGACGGAACAAGAAAAGGUGGUGAGCGAGCAGCUGCGGAUGAUAUUGGACUCGACGAGCGGGACGGGGGUAGUGCAUGAGACUGUGAACGCGUGGAAUGAGAAGGAUUGGACGAGGAGCUGGUUCGGGUGGGCUAAUGGAUUGUUUGGGGAGUUGAUAGUGAAGAUUGCGGAGGAAGAAGCGGAGAGGGGGGUCAAAUGGGAGAGCGGGGAGGGGUUGUUGGGACGGUUGUGGCAGUGA